AUGAAAUUUUCCAACGAUCUGAAAUAUAAGGCAUGCGACGGUGCAUGUCCUUGUCCUGGAACUACCGGGGUAAACACAAAUUCGUACAAUGCCAAUAAUAACAACAAUGGUAAUACAAACAGCUUUUACAACAACAACAAUAAUAAUAGUAAUAACAACAAUAACGGCAAUACAAAUAGCUUUAACAGCAACAAUGGCAACACAAACAGCUUUAACAGAAAUAACAACAAUAAUGCCGGCAACAGGAAUAACUACAAUUCAAACGGUAGCAACCAAAAUUACAACGGUGGGAACGCAAACAAUUGUAAUGGCAACUCCAGAAAUUGCAACAACAAAAUUGGCAAUAAUAAUGGCAAUGCAAAUGGCAACAUAAAUAGCUAUAACAGAGGAAAUAACAACGGCAAUACUAAUGCUAACAACAGAAAUGGAAACAAUGCAAAUGCUAGCAGCUUUAACGGAAAUGUAAAUAGCUACAGGCAAAACGGCAACAAUGGAAAUAACAACAACGGAAACACUAACAUCUACAACAAUAACAAAGGAAAUGCUAAUAGGAACAGCUUCAAUAAUAACGGCAACAAUGGGAGAAACACUAACGUCAACAGCUAUGACAACACCAAUAACAGAAAUAGUUACAAUAACAAUGGUAACAAUAAUGGAAACAGCUUCAAUGCCAACACAAAUUUUAAGAACACUUAUAACAGAAACAACAAUAACAACGGAAACAACAGCAACAAUAACAAGAACAAUAUAAACAGCUUUAAUAACAACAAUGGAAACAAUAGAAAUAGCUUUAACAACAAAAAUUGGAACAACAACAAUAAUAGAAACAAUGCUCGUGUUGGUAAUAAUAAUAAUGCUAAUGUCAAUAAUUUCAAUGACAAGGUUAGUGCUGGCGGUAGUAACAGGAUGGUCCUCAAUACCAACACGAAAGAUGACAUGUCGACAACUUACAGUCUACUUGAUAUCUUCAAACGUGUUAACAACGGUAAGGACAGCUACAACAACAACAACAAUGGAAACAAUAACAACAACAGCAAUGGCUACAACAAUAACAACAACAACAGAAAUAACAAUGGCUAUAACAAUAACAACAACGGAAAUAGCAAUGGCUUCAACAAUAACAACAACAGAAAUAGCAAUGGCUACAACAAUAACAACAGCAACAACAGAAAUAGCAAUGACUACAACAAAAACAAGGGUAAUAGCAAUGGCUUCAACAAUUACAACAAGGGUAAUAGCAAUGGCUUCAACAAUAACAACAAUGGUAAUAGCAAUGGCUUCAACAAUAACAACAAUGGUAAUAGCAAUGGCUUCAACAAUAACAACAACGGAAAUACAAAUAGCUUCAACAACAAUAAUAACAAUAAUAACAACAAUAACGGAAACAGACGUAGCUUCAACAACAACAACAACAACAACAACGGAAAUAGCUUUGGCUACAACAACGACGGAAACAGUAACAACAAUUUAGAUGGCAACAGCUAUAUAAACUCAAACAACGCUGCUGUUCAAGAACCAAACGUUAUAGUUAUUGAACAGCCAGUACAAUGUCUUUGCAAACCAGAUUAUGAUCCUUGCUGUACAACUGACAAUGAAACCUACAACAAUAAAUGUGAAGCUGAAUGCGAGGGCAAAGUUGUAUGGUACGACUCGGCGUGUGUUUAGAUGGAGAAACGAGACGCAAGAUCUUCGUUCAUAUCAAAACGUGCAUGUGGAUCACUCGAUUAGUUUUACCAGAAUAGAUGACAGUGAUAUUGCUCAUGGUUUUAUAAAUAAAACAAAUGUCUCAUACUGUGAAGAUUAUUUUAAUAAAUAUCCAGAGAAGACAAAA